AUGGAAGAGUGUGUUACAGCCAUCACCAGUGCAAAUCUUAUGCGAAUUCGCCCCACAAUCACAUCUAGUGGUAAGGAGAUUUAUGGUAUUUCUCCUGAUAUCGAUCUCAGUGAUAGGGAAUUGGAGUGUCAUGAAGUUAUUUUAGGCGCUUCAUUACACAACCGUGCUCAAUCUCCUCUUGCAUCCAAGGGAGAUGGGGAUGGGAGUUUUACUGAUACCAAGGAAAGGCUUCGCCAAGGAGAUGCUGCACCAGAUAGCAUGGAGUUUGAGGGAAGAGGAGAGGCUUCUAGGGCUCUCAAGCCUUCCUUUCAAGCAAAUUUUCGUGAUUUGGUUGCUAACCAUGAUCCAGCUAUUUUUGUUGUAAUGGAGACUCGCAUUGGUAGUGAGAGGGCAAAGGUAAUUACGGAUAAGCUGCCUUUCCAAGGGGCGAUUCACAUUGAUUCAAUUGGUUUUACUGGCGGGCUCUGGUUUCUUUGGGACCCGGAUAGAGUUGAAGUCACUUACCUUGCUAGCACAGAGCAGGAGAUCCACACUCUGGUGAAGGUAAACUUCUCUUCCCUUAACUGGAUUUUCACUGCUAUCUACGCUAGCCCAAGACAUAGAGAAAGAUGCAUGCUUUGGAAUAAUUUAAAUACUGUUGCUAAUUCACAUAAUUUACCUUGGAUUAUUGCUGGUGAUUUUAAUGAGUUGCUUUCCAAUGAUGAGAAACUUGGCGGUAGGCCGAUUAGCUUAUACAGGGCUAACCUCUUCAAAGAAUGCCUUGAUUCUUGUAAUAUGGCAGACCUUGGCUUUAACGGUCCUAGAUUCACUUGGACAAAUAAGCAUGAUAUUGUAGAAUGGAACCGGGUUCAUUUUGGUAAUAUCUUUGCCAAAAAGAGGAGAGUUCUUGCUCGUCUUGGCGGUAUUCAAAGAGUUAUGGCAGAUAGGCCAUCCGGAUUUCUCAUUAAUCUGGAAAAGCAGCUUCAGAUGGACCUUUCGAACAUCCUUAACCAAGAGGAAGAGUUAUGGGCUCUUAAAUCCCGCAUCAACUGGAUGAUUCAAGGUGACCGGAAUACGUCCUUCUAUCAUAUGUCUACUCUCAUUAGAAGAAAGCACAAUAAGAUUCUUAAUCUCAAAGAUUCCCAAGGAGAGUGGAUAAAUGAUCUUCCUACUGUCAUGGAAUUUGUUAGGAAUAGUUUCUUGAAUCUUUUUACUACUGAUUUUUCAUCUUCCCCAAUUGCUGCUACUCUCAAUGAUUUCGCUUGUCCUCAGCUCUCAGAUGAUGAGUCUCACCUCAUCAAUCUCCCUGUGACGGAUGAAGAAAUCAAGCAUGCUGUUUGGUCUUUGAAGGCUUUUAAAUCCCCAGGUCCCGACGGUUUGCACACUAGGUUUUAUCAGAGAUUUUGGCUAGUUGUUGGCAAAUCGGUGACUGAAGAAAUUAAGAAUAUUUUUAGGGAGAGAACUAUUCCCUUGACUCUUAACCAAACCCACAUUGCCUUAAUCCCUAAGAUUAAAGGGCUGGAAUCCAUUGGGAGCUUCAGGCUUAUCAGCCUUUGCAACACGAUCUACAAGGUCAUUACCAAGAUCAUUGUGGCUAGAAUUAAACCUCUGUUGGAUAAAUUGGUUUCUCCUUUCCAAUCAGCUUUUGUGCCUGGAAGGAAGGGAGUGGAUAAUGUUGUCAUUGCCCAAGAACUUAUUCAUACCAUCAGCAGGAAAAAAGGCAAAGUUGGGUACAUGGUUGUUAAAAUCGACUUGGAAAAAGCCUAUGAUAGGCUAGAAUGGUCCUUCAUCCGUGAGGUUCUCUAUGCAACAAAUUUUCCUCCUGAUCUCAUUCAGCUAAUAAUGAGCUGUGUAUCUUCUGCCACUACUUCGGUUUUGUUUAAUGGCAGUGUUCUAGAUCCUUUCCUCCCUUCUAGGGGCAUUCGCCAAGGAGACCCUUUGUCUCCAUAUCUCUUUAUCUUGUGCAUGGAAGUUCUAGGCAGAAUUAUAGAGGAAAAGUGCUCCAACAAGCUUUGGUGUCCGGUUAAAGCUUCUACUAGUGGUCUGGCCUUCUCCCACCUUUUUUUCACAGAUGAUCUUCUCCUUUUUGCGAAGGUGGACUCUCAGAAUUGUUUAGCUAUGAAGGAAGCCCUUGAUGAAUUUUGUUUGAUCUCUAGGCAAAAGAUCAACCCCUCUAAGUCCAAGGUUUUUUUCUCUCCUAACAUCAAUGAAGAUCUUAAAACAGAGUAUUGUGAGGUUCUUGGAUUUCAACCUACCAAUAAUCUGGGGUCCUAUUUGGGUUUUCCCAUAAGGCAUGCUGGGUCUUUUAAUCAGGAUCUGAAUUUUGUUUUGGAUAAAGUUAGCCAAAAACUUGCUGGUUGGAAGGCAAAUCUUUUAUCCUUUGCUGGUCGGAGAGUUCUUAUUCAAGCUUCCACUAGUGCUAUUCCCUCCUAUGUGAUGCAAACCACAUUUCUGCCCAAUAGAAUUCUAGACAAUCUGGAUAGAUUAAAUAAGAAUUUUCUGUGGGGAUCGAGCGAUGUUAAAAGGAAGAUGCAUUGGGUAGGUUGGGGGAAAAUUACUCAACCAAUUACUAAAGGCGGUCUUGGUCUCCAAUCUGCCAAAGGAAGGAAUCUUGCUUAUCUUUCCAAGUUGAACUGGAGACUACAUUCUGAAAAAGAUGCUUUGUGGGUCCAAGUGAUGAGAAAGAAGUAUCUUAACCCGAGAAGGAUCUUGUCCAACAAGGAAAACUCCCUUCCAAGCUCUCGGACUUGGAAAGCUUUGAAGAACGGUAUGGAUACCUUUCAAAAAGGAACAAGAUGGAGCUUAGGCAGAGACAGCAAUCUUAGUGUGUGGCAUGACAGUUGGACAUCUCAUGAAUCUCUUCGAUCUCUAAUGUAUGGUCCUCUCACAAGGGGAGAAGAUGACCUUAAAGUCAAGGACAUGGCUAUUGUAAAUGGUUGGGAUUGGGGAAAGAUUUCUAUGGUGUUACCUGCCAAUGUGUGUAGGGAGAUUCAAGCUAUGCCUCAAGCGUGUAUUGUCAAUGACGAAGAUAAAUUAAUUUGGGCAGCAUCACCCAAUGGGGAUUUUAACUUAAAUAGUGCUUAUAGCAUAGCGAAUAAGGAAGGGCAACUUUGCUUUAAUGGCAAAUGGAUUUGGAAAAUCUCGGUUUUACCAAGGAUUCGGUUCUUUCUUUGGAUGUGCUGCCAUAAUAGUUUAGCAACUCGGGAACGUCUUGCUACAAGGGGUAUUCAAAAUCUGGGAAUGGGUGAUCUUGGGCCUGAUUUCUAUUCUUCAGAUCUCUAUGAUUGGUUGGAGGAAAAUUGCAAGCAGAUCAAACCUUCCAGUCAUCUUCAAAUUCCUUGGAGCAUUCUUUUCUCCUUUGGCGUUUGGAUCUUGUGGAAUCAUCGCAACAGGGUGGUCUUUAAGAACACUCCCCCGAGCUUGUCCAUUCACAAGGAGAUUAUUCAAAGAGCAGCUGAAUUUACAUUCUGUACAAAAACAUCAUCUUCUAAGAAUCCAAGAGUUGAAAGACUCAUCCGUUGGGAGAGACCAGGUAGAGGUUGGUUCAAAUUGAAUACGGAUGGCGCUUCAUUAGGCAAUCCUGGGGCAGCGGGUGGAGAAGCAAUUAUCUGCAAUGAUGCUGGUAUUUGGGUUAAAGCUUUUGCGAGGAAUAUAGGGAAUACUACCCGUUUUCUUGCUGAACUUUGGGCUCUUAGGGAUGGGUUACAAAUGUGCCAACAGAUGCAUAUUAAUGCUCUUGAAGUAGAAUUGGAUGCUAAAGUUAUUUCCGAUUUGAUGAACAAUUCUGGAAGCCCGAAUGCUACUAACUAUGCUAUUGUGGCUGAUUGUAGAGCUUUGAUAUCCCAAAUCCCUCAAGUGAAGGUGAUUCAUUGCUAUAGGGAAGGUAACUGCUGUGCGGAUGGCCUUGCUAGAAUAGGAUGCUCUUUAUCUUCUAAUUUUUUGUACUUCAGUUAUCCCCCCUCAUCUAUCCUUGAUGCUUACUUGGCAGACUUGUAUGGGUUAUCUAAGAUCAGGCUUUGUCCUGUAUCUGAUGUUCUUUAG